AAGGUAUAAGGCAACCAAAAAAGAAAACUAGUGUGUGUAUAUUUACAUAUAUGCUCCAGACCAGACAGUAAGAAGAGAAAGAAGAGAUCACAAGUGAGCACUGAGACUCCAUCCUCGACGACUACAGAAGUAGAGAAAAGAAAUAAUGCAGCCAAAAAUGAAAACUACUCUAUACAUAUCUAUCAUCCUUAUGAUCAUCCUAGAGAUAAGGAUGAUGAAUUGCGAAAGUGGUUUGGGUUCAAAUAAGCAACUUCACUUCGUGCUAGUCCAUGGAGCUGGGCAUGGAGGGUGGUGCUGGUACAAGAUUCGGAGUCUGCUCGAGGCUGCAGGGCACAAGGUCACAUGUCUCGACCUUAAGUGCUCAGGCAUCGAACCCACUCAUUUCAAUACCGUCUUCACCUUCGACGACUAUAAUCAGCCUCUUACCACUUUCAUGUCCUCCCUCUCACCCCAUCACAAGGUGAUACUGGUGGGUCAUAGCGCUGGGGGUAGUUCUGUCACGGACAUGAUACAGAAAUUUGCUGACAAAGUCCACAUGGCCAUAUACGUGGCAGCUAUAAUGGUGAACAAUAUUGGUAAUUUAGCUUCAACCGAAGAUUAUAUAUCAAAUCAACUUGGAGACUUUGAUGCAUAUGAGUUCAUAUGUGGACUCGGACCGGACCAGCCUCCAACCGGGGUCAUGGUUAAGCCUGAACUUAGGCGCCAAGUCCUAUACAAUGAGAGCCCAGUUGAGGAUUUCACACUAGCAUCAAUGUUGCUGAGGCCGUCACCAGCUAGGGCUUUAGCUUCAGCAAAUGUAGUCCAAGACGUAGUAGUGCCAAGAGUGUUUAUCAGGACAAUGAAAGACAAACUAUUCAAGCCAGAGCACCAAGAGGACAUGAUAAAGAAAUGGCCACCAUCUAAAGUGUUAGCUAUUGAUGAAAGUGAUCACUGCCCAUUUUUCUCGGCCCCAGAUGUGCUUUUCGCCCUUCUCCUCGAAGCAGCCAUUUCCAUAAUGCCAUUAACUACAUCAUAACCCACUUGUUGCUUCGAGAUCGAUGUUUUAAUUAUUUUUGGUUUGUUUGAUUUGAUCGCGUGUACUGUAGAUUUGGUCACAAUUCGUCAUUUCAUAAUUAAAUCUACUUUUUUU